CUGUAAACAAGAACAUUAAGAGAUUAAAAUGCCCUGUGGCAAAUUAAGCGUCUUUAUCUGCAUUAUUUUGUCCAUAGCACCAGCAACUGUGGGUUUACGAUGUUACCAAAAUUACACGGUAACGAGUUUUAUGUGGUCGGUGUCACAUUACAAUAUCGGCGAAUGCAACAUCGGAAAUUCGACGGUUGAUUUAUCUUGUGUAAGGUUUGAGAGCAGAGUAAAAGCCUUACCCGGAUUCGGUACAGUUUUGUACGGAAAAUGCGUACCUACGAGCGAGUGCAGCGAAGAUUUAUGUUCGACUCUACGUGUGGAUCAAAUCAAUCCGUUUUUUAGAAAGCUGUCUUGUACAGCGAGCUGCUGUUCGUACGAUGGUUGUAACGGUGACAUGGCAACUACAGCUGCUUCUACCGCAACAACAGUCAAUGCAACUGUUCCUACUGGUAUUUUAACAGACAACCGUGGAUUGGCUUUGCAUAAUAUAACGACCACAGAACCUAAUGUUACCGAAUCUGAAAUUUCUGAUGUAACAACAGAUGGUAGUCCUAUGACGUCAGCUGUCACUGACGUCACGAGUUCAAGACCAACGAAAAUAAAUGUACAUUCACGAGUUACCACUUCUGUUUUGGAUUCAAGAGAUGCCACAACGCAGAAAGGAGGGUCUACAAAUUUACAAGUAUCUGCCAAGAUAAUUCUCUCUGUUUUGUCAAUUGUACUUAUUGUUGUAAAUUAACGCUUACCCAGUCGGAUUUUUUGUUUGUAUUCUAACAGUGAAAUAUCUUUUUUAAGAAAAUCUAAAAUGAUUGUUAUAUAUUAGAAAAUGUAAAUAUUACUAAACUAAAAAUAUACUGUGGGGCUCUGAAUUGCAAUGACUCUUAUCGGUGUCACGGAAAUCUGGUUCCUAUAGGACGAGCAAAUGUAUGACAAGCACAAUCUUUAUCACACACAAUCGUGUUUCAAUGAAUGCAACGCAUUUGUUAGAUACUGUUUACAAAUACAUUUAUAGUAGGGUGGGGAAAACGGGACAUAUUUAGUUUAGUAUCCAAAUAUCCUGAUUGUGUUUGAAACAAUUAACAACGGCCUAUGGGAGUCGUGAGAAAACGGUUUAAUAGUUCUUUGAGUGUCUUUUGUUUACUAUAUUAAAUGGAACAAGAAAAUAGAGUGGAAAGGUGUCCCAUCUUCCCCCACCCUACUAUAUAUCACAUCUUGAUGUAAAGCGUGUUAAUAAAUUGUCAACUGUGAAAUAUAAAAA